UCCUGAAGAAGAAGAAGAAGAAGAAGAAGAAGAAGAACAGGAACAAAUCAAUGGCUGAGGCUGCAGUGAGGUUUUUGGUGGAGAAACUUGGUGCUCUGAUUGUUCAAGAAGCCAUCAAUUUGCAUGAAGGCAGAGAGCAAGUGGAGUGGUUGAAACGAGAAAUGGGGAGAAUGCAGUGCUUCUUAAAGGAUGCAGAUGCAAAGAAGAACAAUGGAGAUGAUGAGAGGGUCAAGAACUGGGUCACAGAGAUGAGAGACCUUGCUUUUGAAGCUGAGGACAUUAUUGACACUUUCAUGUAUGUCAAGCUCCGAAGACAACAGCCUGGUUGCAUGGGUUUCAUGAAGAGGUUUGUGUUUAUAUUUCAUGAAUUGGUUAGUAGACGCAAGGUUCAUGUGGAUGUUCAAGGGAUAAAAACUAAGUUGAAGGAGUUAUCUGAAAGUAGAGCACGAUAUGGCAUUUCUAAUAUUGGUACGACUAGUCAGUCUAGAAGUCCAGGUGGGAUCCCUAUAUUGCCUGAACUGAUUGAUGACAUUGAUAUGGUCGGCUUUGAUGAUGAGAAGAAAAAGAUUGGGCAAGAGUUGGUUGACACAAACGAUACAAAUCGGUCAGUGAUUUCUAUAGUGGGUAUGGGUGGUCUGGGAAAGACCACACUUGCUAAAUCUGUUUAUAAUGAUUACAAAGUCAAAAGAAGUUUUGAUAUACUUGCAUGGGUAACUAUAUCUCAACAAUAUAUCAUCCCUGAGAUUUUGAAGGGAAUCUUGUCAGACAAAUCAGAAACUUCAUCAGAAGAUACAAUCCAAACUCUCUCAAUAAAAGUUUGUGAAAAAUUAAAGAAAGGCAAGUACUUGGUUGUUCUUGAUGAUGUUUGGACAGCAGCGGUAUGGAAUGAAUUACGAAAAGUCUUUCCAGAUGUUAAUAAUGGAAGCAGAGUUAUUGUCACUACUCGCUUCGAAAAUGUCAUUAGUAUUGCAGAUGCUUUGAGUAUUGCAGAUCCUACCACCAAACUUCAUAAACUGCGUUACCUAAACGAAAAGGAGAGUUGGGAGUUAUUUCUUCGCAAGGUCUUCCCAAGACAAGACAUUGAAACAUGUUGCCCGGCAUGUUUGCUUGAUUAUGCUCAUCUACUUGUUCAGAGGUGUGGGGGUCUACCACUAGCACUAGUAGUUCUUGGAGGACUUGUCUCAACUAAACGACAAACCCGAGAUGAAUGGCACAAAGUUGUUGACAGCACGAAAGGGCAAUUUGUGGAAAGUGGCGAAAGGUGUUUAGAAGUACUUGCAUUGAGCUAUAAUGAUUUACCAUAUUACUUGAAAUCGUGUUUUCUAUACUUUGGUUGCUUCAAAGAGGAUGAGGAAAUUCCUGCAAAAACAUUAAUUAGAUUGUGGUUAGCAGAAGGUUUCUUGCCAAAAAAAAAUAGUACAACCACAGAAGAAGAAAUUGGAUCUGAUUGUCUAAAGGAGUUGGCACAACGAUGUUUGAUCCAAGUUAUCGAGCUGGAAUAUGAUGAUAGUGCAAAGAGAUGCCGAAUCCAUGAUCUCUUGCGUGACAUGUGCAUUUCAGAAGCCAGAGAGAGCAGAUUUCUUAAACUCUACAAGAAUGACACUGAAGAUUGUCCGACAACGGCAAAUGCAGCCCGACAAUUGAUCAUAUUUAAUGAGAUUGAGACUCUAAACUAUUCUAACUCAAAGUUGCGGGGUCUAUUCUAUGGCAGUACUUAUAAUGGUCUGCCUUUUAGAGCUCUGAAAGGACAGCUUGGCAUAUUUAAAUUAUUAAGAGUGCUUCUUUUGUCUAGUUCGGAGUUGGAUAUAUCAGAAUUUCCUAGUGAAAUCAAAUCAUUAAUUCAUUUAAGAUAUCUUGAUUUGAAAAUUUUCGGUCUAAAGGAAGUUCCAUCAUGGAUUGGUCAUCUCCGCAAUCUCCAGACUUUUAUUCUAUCUUGUGGUGGUAUAGAAAAGAUAUCAGAUUCACUCUGGACAAUUGGCAAUCUCGGGCAUGUUGAACUACCAUAUUCAUCAAGCGUUCCUCCUCCAAAUAUGGGAAAUAACGUACCAAAGAAUUUGCAGACUUUAGAAGGGGUAAAUGCUGGAUCAUGGAUAGGGAGUACACUUCCAAAGCUCGAAAACCUAUGCGAGUUAAGCAUUAGAAAAGUCUCUAAUGAUCAUGCUGGUGCCCUAUCUUCAUCACUCCAGAAAUUGGGUCGUCUUGCCUCCUUUUCUAUAGUUGAUGGAGAUGAAAUUCAUUUAGACAAUAUCAUUACAGCCUUUUCCAAUCAACAUUGCCUCAAGAAAUUGGUUCUCUUUGGAAUUUUGAACCGCAAACAGCUUCCGCACAAUGAUGUAUUUCCUCAACAACUAGUGGAAAUAUAUCUGUCAUUUUCUGGAUUGGAGCAAGACCCAAUGGCAACACUAGAGAAGCUUCCAUGUCUCAAAUAUCUACGACUCAUUGAUGCAUAUAGAGGCAAACAGAUGAUAUGUUCGGCAACGGGUUUCCCUCAACUGUUAUCCUUGGAAAUUGGGGCUUUUCACGCACUUGAGGAGUGGACGAUAGAGGAGAACGCAAUGUUAUGCCUCAAGUCUUUGGAGAUCGACUUCUGUAAAAACUUGAAGAUGAUUCCAGAAGGACUGAAGAAUGUGCCACUUGAUUUGCUGCAAUUGGGAGGUAUGCCUAAAGAAUUCGUGACUAGGAUUGAGGAGAAUACAGGAGAAGACUGGUACAAGAUACAACAUGUGCCCAACAUUCCCUUUAAUUUGCAUAUGUACUAUGGAGUGCGCCAUGGAUAAUAUCUUCAACUUUUAGCAGCCUUCAAAAGGUAAGCCUUAAUAUUUUAUUAAUUUUUAUUUAGUUUGUUUUGCUAUCAAGUAAUUAUCAAAAUAUCAAAAAAUCAAGAAUACCAUACAUGGAUUAUUUGUAUAGGAGCGGCGCCAGUGAUGAGUGCUUUUGGACUUCAAAGUAGCUCCAUAUAUUUAUAAAUAUAAAUUUAAUGAUAUGAAUA